AUGAGUACACCCCUAAAACCGGUCAUGUUUUGGAUACACGGAGGGGCUCUUAAGAUGGGAUCUUCUUUUCAAUAUAACGGCAGCGCUUUGGCCACACAUGACGUGGUGUUUGUGUCCACGAACUACCGAUUAGGACAGUUGGGCUUUCUAUACGGGGAUCGGGAGGACGCGCCCGGAAAU